AUGCCAAAGAUCUAUGUUUGCUCUACUGGGGGGCCUGGCUGCAACCAAACUUUUGACAGGCGCGUCGACCUCAAGAGACACGAAGCCAUGCAUCCAAAAAAUUCACCUUACUUAUAUUCGCUCGCGCAGAUCAUACAAGGCCCACUCGUUGUCCCAGCCUACGGUACAGUCGCUCCCCCUGCACAGCUCCUGCCCUUUGGCUGCCCAUACGAACCCCAAGUCAUGCAACCGGAGCCUAUGCCACCCCGACCCCUGCAAUUCCACCCCGCACAAUACCAACACCAGCCCGAACCCACUCAAUACGAAGCCCAACCCAUGCAACCCAUGCCCAUGCAAUUUAACCCCGCCCAAUACCAAUACCAACCCGAACUUGCUCGUUACGAACCUCAAGUCAUGGAACCGGAACCCAUACCAACCUGA